CAUUACCUAACUUCUCUGGUUUAUUAAGGGGUAUCGGGAACACAUUUUCGUUUGGAUCGAGUCUACCAUCUCAUUUGGGUCAAAAAUAGCAUUUGACUAUGACAUGUGGAAGCUCUGUCAGCCGAGAAGUCAAAGUCGGAUCAAAUGUUUUAGAUUCCUCAUCCCGCGUUGUGGUCCCAGCUUCAAGCGAUUUUCCUGCCCAUCAGCAGGUGAUGCGGAUUCCAAGGUCGUCAAGCUUUCAGUAGGAAGUGUAAAGGGUCGUCGGCUGAGCGGUAUCUAUGGUGACGUAUACUACAGCUUCGAGGGGAUUCCCUUUGCCCAGCCGCCACUGGGGAAAACCCGAUUUGGGCCCUCUCAUUCGGCAAAUCCGUGGAAUUCAGAGCUCGAUGCUCGGCAGGAGCGACCGAUUCCUCUGCAGAUUGACAGAAAGACUGGCAAGAUUGUCGGCAGCGAGGAUUGCCUGUACUUAAACGUAUACACCAAGCAUUUCAAUGAAUCGGAGCCCCCUUUGCCCGUCAUGGUGUAUAUCUACGGUGGUGCAUUCCGCACGGGCGGAGCUGUAAGGAGCAAAUACGGGCCGGAUUAUUUGAUGAGCAAGGAUGUUGUUUACGUGCUAUUUAACUAUCGCCUCUGCUCCCUGGGAUUUCUUAGUAUGCCCAGUUGCGAGUUGGACGUGCCGGGCAACGCGGGUCUCCAUGAUCAGUUACUAGCACUUCAAUGGGUUAGCCAGCACAUACGGAACUUUAACGGAGACCCGGAGAACAUAACGCUUUUUGGCGAGAGUGCUGGGGCGGCCUCUGUGCACUUCAUGAUGUGUCUGCCGCAGGCUAAGGGGCUCUUCCACAAGGCCAUCAUGAUGUCCGGAUCGAUGCUGAGUCCCUGGGUGAAUGCUCCCGAAAGCGAUAGUGUAUUCUGUCGCCUGGCCACGUCUGCAGGAUACCAAGGACCCGCAGAAGAGGUCUCCAUAUUGGAGUUUCUGCGCAACGUGAAUGCCGAGAAACUCAUAGGCCACGAUUUCAUAUCACCCCGUGACCGUUGCUUUGGGUUUCUCAACUCAUUUGUUCCUGUUGUUGGCGGCUUGGUUGGAGCCCCAUUUCAGCAGCUGAUGAAGGAGGCGUGGUCCUCCGAAGUGCCCCUGCUCCUGGGCGGCACUUCCUUCGAGGGUCUGGUGUACUACCCUUUCUGUCAGCUGGAUAAUGGCUAUAUGCUGGAGCUGCUAAAACAUGAACCAGCGAUGGUACUGCCCCACGAGCUGUAUCAAUUAAUGAGCGUCGAGGAGCGGAAUACAGCGGCCGAAGCUCUUGUAAAGUAUCACUAUGGACCGCGCGGCAUCACCAAGAAUAACAUCACUCAGAUUCUAGAUCUUUUCAGCUACAAGUUAUUCUGGCACGGCCUACAUAGGGUGGUCCUCUCCAGAUUAUCUCUCGCACAAGCACCUACCUAUCUGUACCGGUUCGACUUUGAUUCGCCCAAGCUGAAUCUGAUGAGAAACCAGCUCUGCGGUGAUGACAUCAAGCGCGGUGUCUGCCAUGCGGAUGACUUGGGCUAUAUUUUCCACAAACAGGCCCAAAAGAAGCAGCCGCUUGACUCCCCGGAGUUCCAGACCAUCCAGCGUAUGGUGGGCAUAUUGACCACGUUUGCCCGGACUGGCGAUCCCAAUUGCCCGGAGACGGGGUCGGAUCAGUGGUUGCCCGUCUCCACAAAGACGCCCUUCAAGGUAUUGAAUAUUGGACAGCAGGUGGAGUGUGUAACGCAGGUCGAAAAGGAUGGUCUGGAGGUGUGGAACGGGCUAUACAGUGACUGGAAGUAGUAGGGGGGUUAUAUGGAAAUCUAUUUUGCUAUAAUUUUUGUAAUUAUUGAAUAAACUAUUUUGUUUCGUGCAAUGGUA